GGGAUUUGCACGGGUUGCGGUGCCGCGGCGGCCGGGGCUCAGUGUCUGUCGGGUCGGCAGCGGGAGCUGCCGGAGCCGGAGCUCGGCUCGGCUGCAGCGGCGGCCGCGGACGCCCGGCCCGGCCUCUCGCGGCUGCAGCAUGGAGCUGCCGGCGGUGGGGGAGCACGUCUUCGCGGUGGAGAGCAUCGAGAAGAAGCGGAUCCGAAAGGGCAGAGUCGAGUACCUGGUGAAAUGGAGGGGAUGGUCGCCCAAAUACAACACGUGGGAGCCGGAGGAGAACAUCUUGGACCCCCGGCUGCUCAUCGCCUUCCAGAACAGGGAGCGGCAGGAGCAGCUGAUGGGAUACCGCAAGCGGGGGCCCAAGCCAAAGCCGCUGGUCGUGCAGCUUCCGUCCUUCGCCCGCCGCUCAAACAUCCUGACGGGGCUGCAGGACCCUGCCGUGGACAACAGGCCAAAGCUGGACCUCAGCUCCUCUGGCAAGAGCCAGCAGCACCAGUAUGAACUCAACAGCAAGAAGCACCACCAGUACCAACCCAACGGCAAGGAGAGCAGCAUGAAGCACCAGUCCCACAGCAAAGGGAAGUAUUACUACCAGCUGAACAGCAAGAAGCACCACCACUACCAGCCAGACCCCAAGAUGUAUGAGCCCCAUUACCAGCCCAGCAGCAAGGAGCCACAGAGCCAGGCCUGCUUGGACAGUAACAAGAGCGCCCUGGUCACCCACCCAGACAAGUGGGCUCAUGGCCCAGCCAAAAACCUGUUGGGCCCAGUCAAGAAUCUCGCUGCAGAGAGCAAGAACGGGGCUGAGAAAAACCUGUCCAGCGGUACGGGACCUCCCAGCCGGGACAGGGUGACCAGCAAUGGCCUUGGGGGCAAGAUGAAGAUCGUCAAGAACAAAAACAAGAACGGCCGCAUCGUGAUCGUCAUGAGCAAGUACAUGGAGAACGGGAUGCAGGCAGUGAAGAUCAAGUCCGGGGAGCCGCCCCGGAAGCGGGCUGUGGAGGAGAGGACUCCUAAGAAGGGUGGGGAGGAGAAGCUGGAGGUUUGGAGGAAGCCAGGGGAGGAGAGGGUGAUGGGCAGCAACACCCUGAACAAAGCAGAGGGCGAGGGCCGGCAACCCCCCGCAGAGCUUGAGGAAAGUCCCCAAAAGACUCCCCUGGCCAAAGAGCUGCCCCUUCCUCCCGCAGAGCAGCCUCUGCAGCUCACCACCAAGCCAGACCUGGUGCCCUGGUCCCUGAGUCCCAUCUGCGAGCACAGCCCUUCCUCCAUGGGACUGAACCUGUCCAGCCCCAGCUCGCGGAAGCGCUGCCUGUCGGAGCCGCACGCGGAGCGGGAGCCGGGCAAGAAGCGCCUGACCUCCCGGAGCAUCAGUGCCCCCACCUGCCUCAGCCCCCCAGCCCCGGAGCGGCCGGAGCCGCCCGCCCCCGCCCAGCCCGAGGUCAUCCUGCUGGACUCGGACCUGGACGAGCCCAUAGACUUGCGCUGCGUGAAGCCACGGGCGGAGGGCGAGCUGGCCCUGGCGCAGGUGAAGCCGGAGCUGCCGCCGGCCGAGAAAGCGGCCGCCGAGCCUCCGCAGCCUCAGGAGGUCGUGGAGGAGGAGGAGGAGGAGGAGGCCGAGGCCCUGCAGGAAUUCAAACCCUUCUUUGGGAAUAUAAUUAUCACAGACGUGACCGCAAACUGCCUGACCGUGACCUUCAAGGAGUACGUGACGGUGUGAGGUGGGACGGCGGCUGCUCCCUGUGGGAGCUGCUGCCUGUCCCCGGGGCCGCCGACCCCACAGCCUCCCUCUAAAGGUACUGGUGCCCCUUCCCUGGAGCCCGCGUGCCCCCCUGCCUGCGCCACAGCGGCCGAGCCUGCCCUCCCCGUCGAGGGGACGCCGGGACGGGGCCGGGCACGGUGGCUGUCCCUGCCACGCAGGGUGCCCUCGCCACGGCUCCCGGCCCACGGCCGGGGACUGCCCCGGGACACGUGAGGAUGGGGCCUGCCAGUUACUCAGAGUUAUAGUAUUAUAUUUUAACAGUGCUAACUUGUCGAGUGAUUCUUGCUCCCGUUUGUACGUGGUGUUAUUGAAAUGUAUUGUUUGAGCUGAAAGCUGGUCGCUCUCCCGGCCACGCUAAUAUAUUUAUUUGUAGGUAUUUAUAUAAUGAGAUAUAAAGCCUAGAUUUAUGGAGUCCCUAGAUCACCUUAUAAACUAUAUCAAACGACUAUUUUCUGUUCUCCUUUUUAACCAUUGAGCAUUUGUUAGUCUCGUCCCCUCGCCCUCCCUCCGCCCCGCAGGACCAUCCCUGGUAUAUAUUUUUUGAUACUGUACACAUGUGGUGUUUCUAUGUGCAAAAAAAAAAUGGUUAUCUAAAGCUAAACGAGCUAUUAUAGAAACUGCUGCUAUUAGAAAUGUCUAAACUAUAAGCUUCCAAUUAUUAAUUGCUUGAAUGUAAAUAUUAAAUGGAGAUGUUGAAAGUGCAUUUGAUGUUCUGCAGCUAGUGUAGAUCGAAUUGCAAAGCCCGGCUGCUGGGAGGUGGAGCGCGAGCUGCCCCCGGCGCUUCCUGGUCUGAGGGCUGUGUCACAGGGGGAAGAAAUGUAUAAUGCAAUCGUUGCCAAGGACUAUAAACCUUUACAAAAGCUACCGGGGUUCGGAGUGCGUUUGUUACCGCAUCUGGAGGGUGCGCGGCAGGCUGCGGCCGGGCUGCCCCACGGCACGUACCUGCAGGUCAAACCGGCUCCGAGGUGCAGCGGAUCAAAUGUAGUUCUGGCUUCCCCCCAAAAAUGCGUCUGGCAGCGAGCUGCCCGCGGCUGGGAGGGCACCCUGUGUCCUCCCGCUGCCAGCCGGGCUUGGGGAGCCGGGGCUUUGGUGCUCGCCGCGAUGCCGAGGCAAGGCUGGGCUUCUCCAGAGCCACAUGGGCUGUGCUGGGAGAGCUGGAAGGCUGCUGGGGGCACAGGGAAGUGGCUGUGGUCGACAGGCCAUCGCUGAUUCCCAGCCUGCCUGUGCCACCCUGUCCCCUGACCCAGGGAGGGUCAUGAUCAGACAAGUUGAACUUCUCCAGAAAGGAAGAUGGUCCAAAUUCCAUUAAAAACCAUGCAGAUGCCUCUGCACUGGAUUAAUAAUUGCUGGAGUGCACUGGAAAUGCAGCACAGAGCUAAUUCUUUACAAAAUGGCUCCCAGGAAGGUGGCAGCUCAGCAGGGUGCCCCUGGAGCCUGUCUGCAGGGGCUGAGAUGCAGCACCCAGUCCCUGCUCCCCCCAAGCACUGCUGAGGGCUCCCAUGGUAACUUCCCUCUUGCCAAGCUGCCUCAGUUGCCAGCCUUUCUCAUCCAGGGCUUUUGCUUUACAUUGAUUUCUCUUCCAGAAGAGAGCUUAGUUGCAGCAUUGCUGAUGGCACAUUCAUGUGUACAGACAAGAGUGUCCACCUUGUGAGAAUUAAUUGCUUUGGGUCAGGCAGACCCCGUGGUUCUGCGGGAACUGUCUGUCCCCCCUGUGCAAGAGCCUGAGAUGGAGCAGCAGUGGCACAGCAUCUGCUCCCAAAGCGAAAAUGGACCCCUUCUCCUCGUGCUGCCCACUUCUGGGCCACAUAGUCGUCUUCCCAGGCGUCAUUUUAUUUCAAUAAAUACAAAAAUCCUCUUG